AUGCCCCCACGCGCGUUUACGAAUCCAGCCCCGAAAACGGAAAGCGCUCGCGAAGCCGUCCGGUCCUUUUACUGCGAAUUAUGCAGCAAAGGCUACGCGCGAAUGAACGAAUAUGACGCCCACCUCUCCUCCUAUGACCACUCGCACAAGCAGCGGCUGAAAGACAUGCGCCAGCUUACCCGAGAUCCACUCGCGUCCUCGAAGGCCCGCAAGGCCGAAGCAAAAGCCAAUUCGCAAUCCGGCCUGAUAUCGAUCAAGCUGGGCGACAGCGGAGGCGGAGGCACAAGCGGGGGUGGGGGAUUCAAGAAGUCCGGGUUCAAGAAGUCUGGGUUCAAGAGCGCGUUUGCCCCUGUCGAUGGAGAGGGUGUGAAGGAGGAGGAACGGGCCGAGAUCAAGCAGGAGGACAACAACAACAACAACAACAGGCUUCCUGGAAGCUUGAAACUUGUGGAUGAGGGAGAGAGCGAUACGGAGGAUGAAGGCUACGAGAUGUAUGACCCGAGACAUCCGACGGAUUGA